AUGUCUAGCUCUUCCCUGUCGUCCGUGGGCGGCGCCGGCGGCUCGCCAUGGCAGACCGCAUCGGCCAUCGUGGCCCGGCCACUGCCUGUGUCCGGCUCGCACAUUCUCAAGAUCGACGGCUACUCCCGUACCAAGAGCCUCGUCACCGGCAAGAGUAUUAGGUCCGAGACCUUCGUCGUCGGACGCCAUCGCUGGUACAUCAGGUACUUCCCCGACGGCCUCUCGUCAGCUGGUUGGAUAUCCAUCUAUCUCUAUCUCGCUGAAACUACUAGCGUCGGCGAAGUCAAUGCACGAUACAAGAUCAGCUUGCUGGACCAGGACGGAGAGCCGGUGCCGUCGCGUGGCACGGACAGCCAGACUUGCUGCACCUUCUCCAGCAACACGCAGUCAGCGCCCUUGGGCUGUCCUCAGCUCAUCACCAGGAAGGACCUGGAGGAAUCACUUUACCUCAAGGAUGACGUCUUCAGUGUUAAGUGCGAAAUCACCGUGCCCAGGGAGAUCUUCACGGAUCCCAUGCCCAUCUCGCUUCUGGUUGCAGCGCCGCCGUCCGACAUGCACCGUCAUUUUGGUCAGCUCCUCUCCAGCGGCGAGGGAGCAGAUGUCACGUUCCAGGUCGGCGAGGAGACUAUUGUGGCGCACAGGUGCGUGCUCGCGGCUCGGUCGUCGGUGUUCAUGGCGGAGCUAUUUGGACCAAUGAAGGAGAAGAGCGAUGCUUGUGUGCCCAUCACUGAUAUGGAGGCUGAGGUGUUCAUGGCAAUGCUCCACUUCAUCUACACUGACUCUCUGCCGCCCAUGGACGAUGACAGCGUGGUCUUGAUGGCUCAGCAUUUGCUUGUUGCGGCUGACAGGUAUAACAUGGAGAGGCUCAAGUUGCUCUGCGUGGAGAAGCUCUGCGAUCACAUGGACGCUAGCACGGCUGCGACUUCGCUGGCACUGGCUGAGCAGCAUUCCUGUCACGGGCUCAAGGCCAUAUGCUUAAAGUUCCUUGCGUCUCCCGGCAACAUCCUGAAGGCAGUUGUGGCGAACGAUGGCUUCGAGCAUGUCAGGAGCAGCUGCCCUUCUGUCCUCAAGGAGCUUGAGGCCAGACUUGCUUUGAUUGAGAUACUUCCCUCUUUGUUCAACUUGCUUAGGCUUAUUAUUGUAUUCCACCGUGUCUACGCAGACGUGGACAGUGAGAGCAUUCUCUGA